ACACUCAACCUGCCAAAAUGAAGAUGUCAAAGUUAUCUAACCAAACCAACUCCCAGGAUCCACAGGCUGUUAAUUCGCGUAUCUUUGUGGGCAAUUUGAAUACGUUUCAGUGUUCCAAAACCGAUGUGGAGCGUAUGUUUCAGAUUUAUGGACGUCUUGCAGGAAUAUCAAUGCAUAAAGGUUAUGCAUUUGUGCAAUUUACAAAUCCUUUUGAUGCUCGCAAUGCCUGCCUUGGUGAAGAUGGCAAAAUGGUCUUAAGCCAGACAUUGGAUGUCAACAUGGUGGCCGAACCCAAAGCCCAUCAAGUGGGACGUAAGCGACAAAAUAUAAAUAAAACUGGCAAUGAUUGGGACUAUUUUUAUGAUAGCUAUUACGCCUCAACCAUGAAUCGCAACAAUUCCAUACGACCGAAGAAACGUAAACGCCUUAUGAGCAAUUCCAGCCGCUUGGUUGGCUUGAGUGAUGCUGUCAGUAGUACGAAUCUAAAUGCAGCCAUGGCUGCAGCCUCAAUGGCUCAACAACAGCAACAAUUGGUGCAACAUCAACAGCAGCAGCAACAACAUCAUCAACAGCAACAGGCAGCAGUUGUGGCCAUGGCCGCAAUGGCCAAUCUAUUGCCCCAACAACAAAUGUUGCUGCAUCAUCAACAGAGUAUGCUGACCAAUGCUAAUGGCACAGCAGCAACAUGUAAUGGUGCCACCACAGCUCCCCAUCACGCCAGCUUAAGUAUGUAUCUGCAACAGCAACAACAACAGCAUCAUCAGCAGCAACAACAACAAGCAGCAGCGGCAGCUGUUGCCGCCGCACAAUAUGCCGCCGCAGCUACAAAUAGUUCGUUGCAAUUGAAAAUGUCAUCACCAUUAAUGGCGGGGCCCACAGGGCAGGCUGUUGCAUCAACGAAUUCAUUGCUUACCCAUGACAAUGAUCAAUUACUGUCGGCGGCGACAACAACAGCAUCCAAUAGUCAUCAGUCACAUUUGCAGCAACAGCAACAUACAUCAGUAGCAGGUACACAUCUCAUACAGCCAUUGUCACUGUCAGUAGCAGCACAACAACAGCAGCAGCAUCAAAGUCAUCAUCAUUAUCAGCAGCAAAUUCAAAAACAUCAACAACAGCAGCAUCAACAACAACUGCAAUAUGAACAAACCCAGCAGCAUCAACAGCAGCAACAAGAUGAGCAAGAUCAAUUAUCGCUGAAUAAUGCAUGGGGACCAUUUAAAGUUUACAGCAAUCCGGACACAUUAAUCUGUGGCAAUUGUCGAGAAUGUUUCAACGAACUGGCUGAAUUAUUAGACCACAAGAGAACUUAUUGCAAACUACGAUUCACAUGCAAAUGCCAAGAUCUAACGAUGCCAACAAGAAAUCCAGUCAUUGGCGCUAAAUUGUUGUGUGCCGUAUGCAAGGAUGCCUUCACCAAUCCCUGGGACCUAAUGGUGCAUGCUCAGGCCGCCCAUAUGGUCAACAUUUAUGAAUUGGGCACUGAACCCAAUAACAACAGCAGCAACGCGGCCAACAAUAACACUGCCAAUGGCAACAACAAUGAGGAUGCCAACCUAACGGGGACAGAUGCAUUAGCAUCGACGGCAAAUGGCAACGCCAAUGAGCCACCCAAUAACAAUGGUCUACAUUGCAACAACACUGACAAUGACUCGAACAAUAACAACACCAAAAACCACAAUGGUAUCAUCAUAUCGCGUGAUGCAAAUUGUUUCUCUCUAACCGGUAAAAUGGAACCCCCCAUCACAUUGGCCACCACAUCGGCUUCAUCAUCAUUAUCUUCGUUGUCGCCGUCAUCGUCGUCAUUGACAACAGUGGCCAAUAUAACAGAUACGGAUGCUGGAGUAAUGAGCUGUGUCGCCAAUGACACCAACAACAUUGCGUGCAAUGGCACUGCAAUGUCGCUGGAACUGGGUCACUCGAGUGAUACAGAGACUCAUUUGGAGCUUAAAUUUGGCAUUUGUAAUAGUCCUAUUGCCACAAUUAACAACAAAGAGGAACCCGUAAUCCGCGACGAUGGAUCUCUGGAUGAACGCAUGUCAGAUGAUGUAAAAAUAUUACGCAGUAAUGGCUCCGUAUCAUCACGUGGUAGUACGCCAACCAUGACGGACAAUGAGGAUGCAACGCGAAUGCAACAAAGGGCCUGCAUUGUACGCACUUUAAGCUUUGAGGCCGCCGCCACCACCACCAGUGUGAGCACUCCGCCCACAACAACGGCCACACUUGGCUUAAUAACCAACAACAGUUUGGCUUUAGGCUUGAAUAGCAGUAGUGCGGUGUCAUCCGCAGCUGCUGUGGCGCCACAAUAGGGCAUACCACAGGCUCAAGCCUCACAAACUCGCACAUUUAAAUUCCCGAAAAACCGCAGAAAAAAAGUAAAAAAUUUCAUCGGU